AUGGCUGAUAAAAAGCUAAGAGGCCUUAUUGCUCAACGCGAUAGUGCUGUUAGCCGCUUAGAAGAAAUCAAAGUAGUUGCUGAUAAUGCCAUUAAUAAUGUACGCCUUCAUACACAGUUAAAAAUUCGGGUCAAACACCUUGAAGGGAUUGUUACUGAAUUCAAUAAUCAUCACGCCUCCAUUUUAAAUAUUGUCGCUCAGGGUGAUGAUGAUGAUUUAACGAAUCAACAGGCUAUUCGAAAACAUUUUGAUGAAAAUUUUUAUUCAAUCCAAGCAACUUGCGCUGAAUUAUUUGAUAAUACUGAGCAAGGGGCAGAAAGGGCAACCCCCAGUCAUGUUAAAUUACCUAAGCUGGAACUUAAAAAAUUUAAUGGCACUAUAAAAAAUUGGAAGACGUUUAUUGACCUCUAUGAUUCUAUUAUUCACAAUAAUUCAAGUCUUUCCAAUGUAGAAAAAUUUACAUAUCUUUUAAAUUCCUUAGAAGGACCCCCACUAAGCAUUGUUCAGUGUACUCCUUUAACUGAUAAUAAUUAUAACAUAGCUUAUAAUACAUUGAAGGGUAGAUAUGAAAAUAAUCGAUUAAUUUCGGUUAGUCACUGGCGUGAGAUUGAAAAGACUGUGAAGCUUUCUGAUGAGCAUGAUGCAAAAUCUCUUCAAACUCUAUUAGAUACAUUUACUGAACACUUAACUGCAAUUGAAAAUAUGGGUCACCCUGUCUCACAAUGGGAUUUCGUUUUAUUUUACAUGCUAUUUGAUCGCCUUGAUUCAAGCACAGCCACGAGGUUCGAACUUGAGUGUGGUAAAUCUCUAGACGAAAUUCAAAAUAAACACAAGCAUUUUGAAAUUUUAUUAGACUUUCUUAAGAAGCAGUGUAUCGCAUUAGAUACCGUCUCAAGCUCUUUUAAAGAUGUAAAGCCUAGUACUUCUAAAUAUAUAAAACAAACAGCAAUGCCAAAGAGAACUUUUGUUGUUAGUGCUGCGUCAUGUUACUUUUGCCACAAAAAUAAUCACUCAAUUUAUAAAUGUUCAGAAUUCUUAAGUAAAAAUUCCCACGAAAGAUAUAAAAUUGCAAAAACUAAUAAAUGGUGCACCAAUUGCUUAGGUUUAAAACAUAACUCGUUUAAUUGCUCAUCUCGUCGCCGCUGCGAAAAAUGCUCCAAGCCUCAUCAUACCCUUUUGCACCAUGACUCCUUUGAAGCUUCUCAGCCACCUGCCGUUGAGCAGGAAUCUUCUACAAACUGUGAGUACAGAUCUCAACCUGUUGCCUUGACCAAUAUCAAACCACACAAAAAUACUGAAAGCUCUGUUUUAUUGGCCACGGCACAGAUUCGGGUUCUGGAUUCCCAGGGUCAAUUUAUCAAUGCGCGAAUUUUAUUGGACAGCGCAAGUCAAGUGAAUUUUAUUACAAACAAAUUAUGUAAACGUUUGGGCUUAGUCAAACGACCUCUUUCCCUGUUUGUUAAAGGUUUAGGUGACACUGUCUCAAAUGUCUCUCAUGAAGUCACAUGCACCUUCACGCCUAAAUGUUUUACAAAUCCCAAAUUUUCUCUAGAUUUUGCCAUAAUUCCAAAAAUAUGCGAAAACCUUCCCUCUUCAGAUUUACCCACAGAUUGCUUCACUCAGUUUUCUCAUCUCGAGCUGGCAGAUGAAAGUUUUAAUGUUUCGGCUCCUAUUGACAUGUUGGUUGGAGGUGAUGUUUUUGGUUUUCUUGUUAAAGAAGGUCAAAUAUCGCAAUCGAUUAAUAAACCUGUUGCUCUAAAUACUCAACUAGGGUGGAUAAUUAUGGGUCGUGUGUCUUACCAGGACUCUAUUUCUCGUUCAACCCCUAAUAGCCUUUGCGCUACUGUCAGCUCCACUCUUCUAGAUAUUGUUAAAAGGUUUUGGCAGCUGGAACAAGUCCCUAAUUACCAUGUUCAUUCCCCUGAUGAAGUUGCUGCAGAGGAAUUUUUCCAGAGGACACAUACUCGAAAUUCCUCAGGAAGAUAUGUCCUUCAACUUCCUUUCAAAAAUUUGGAACUGCCAGUUUUUGAAAAUACUCGAGAUAUUGCUCUGCGCAGAUUUUAUUCUCUUGAGCGGCGUCUGGAGUCUAAUCCCGAGCUCCAUGAUGAAUAUCGCGCUUUUAUGCAGGUUUUUCUUGACACUGGACAUAUGGAAAUCCUACCCUCAAAUAUAGAUAUAAAAAACUCUUAUUAUAUACCCCAUCACUGUAUUCUUCGUCCGGAAAGUUCAACCACAAAACUUCGUGUUGUUUUCGACGCCUCCGCGAAGGCUGCAAAUAAUAUUUCUCUCAAUGACACUUUGUUAGUCGGCCCCAAGCUUCAACAGGAUAUAUUUCACUUGCUGUUAAAGUUUCGCAUCCCUGCUGUUGCAUUCACUGCUGAUAUUAAGCAGAUGUUUCGACAAAUUCUCAUAGAUCAACCCUGUAGAAAUUUUCAAAGAAUUUUAUGGAGGUUUUCAAAGUCUGAUCGUGUGAGAGACUAUCAACUGAAUACCGUAACCUACGGUGUAGCUUCUUCACCAUACCAAGCUAUUAGAACUCUCACUCAACUUGCUAGGGAUUAUAAGUUUAAAUUUCCUAGGGCAUCUGAAGUCUUAGAGAAUGAAAUAUUCGUGGAUGACGUAGUUAGCGGUACUGAUUCUAUCGAAUCAGCUCUUGCCCUUCAGCAAGAACUAAUUUCGUUGCUUUCUCUUGGUGGCUUUGAAUUGCGAAAAUGGGCGAGUAAUACGCCUUUAUUAAUAUCUCAUUUAGACACCUCUUUGACACAGUUGAACCCCCUUUCCUUUGAUAAAGAGACUGAUUCCAUAGUCAAGAUUUUAGGCUUGCAAUGGAAUCCUCUUAGUGAUUCUUUUGUCUUUAAAAUAGAAUCUAUAGUAAAACCAUGUACAAAAAGAAACAUUUUAUCUGAUUUGGCUCGUAUUUUUGACCCUUUAGGAUUUCUUUCCCCUGUUACUGUCUCUUUGAAAAUAAUUAUUCAACAAUUAUGGUCAUCUGGACUAGACUGGGACCAACCUGCUCCUAACUCUAUUAAAGAAUACUGGUCUUUAUUUAAAGAAGGUAUUUCUACCCUAUCGAGCCUUUUAUUACCUCGAAAGAUUAUCCCUUCCCAGAUGAAAUUGUGUGAGAUGCACGGCUUCUGCGAUAGUUCGGAAAAGGCGUAUGCAGCUGUGGUCUAUUUUCGCAUAAUUACUUAUGAUGAUAACGUUCAGACGUAUUUGCUAUGUUCUAAGAGUAGAGUAGCUCCUCUUAAGACAAUCUCGAUUCCAAGGCUAGAGUUGUGCUCGGCUGUCUUAUUGGCAGAUUUAAUGUCUUCAGUUAAAGAAGCGUUUGCCGAUUCUAUAAAUAUUUCGUCAUUGUUUGCAUGGACUGAUUCCACCGUAGCUUUAAGCUGGAUAAAGUCUUCUCCCCAUAAAUGGACUACUUUUGUAAGUAACCGCGUAUCGUAUAUUCAGGAAAAAUUAUCUGCGGAUUGCUGGGCUCAUGUUAGGUCGGAAAAUAAUCCUGCUGACUCUGCAACCAGAGGUCUUCUUCCCUCCGAGUUACUUCACCUCGAAAAAUGGUGGACCGGACCCGGUUUUCUAACAUCCUGUCUCACUAAAUGGGUUAACGAUCCUUACACAACUGACGAUAAUAUGGACCUUGAAAAAAGGAAGAUUGUAUUAUUAGCCUCAACUCCAGUGGUUGACUUAUGGAAUAAUUUUAUCUCAAGAUUCUCCUCUUUAUCCAAAAUUAUUCGUAUUGUUGCAUAUGUUUUACGUUUCUGUGCAUAUGUAAAGGCUCCAAAACUCGUUGACAAUAAAGGUCAUGUAACAUUGGCAGAAUUGGAUAGAGCUCUCUUACUUUUAAUCCGAGAAGUUCAGAAAGUUUCAUUUGCUCAAGAAAUGGCAGAACUUUCGAAAUCCAAUCCUAAUCUAACAAUAUUACCGAAAUAUAUUCGGAAGCUCUCUCCUUUUUUAGACAAGGAUGGUGUUCUCAGGGUGGGCGGACGAUUGAAGCACGCUUCUCUUUCUUAUAAUCAUAAACACCCCUGUCUAUUACCCCGUGAUCAUCGAAUUACCUUUCUAAUUAUUGAACAAACUCACAUUAAAUAUAUGCACCCUGGUUUACAAACUACCCAAUUCCUACUCAGUCAACGCUUUUGGAUUCCUUCUUCAAGAAGAAUUAUUAAAAAGGUUUUGUCUUCCUGCAUGCGUUGCUUUAGGUGUAACCCUUCAUCACAAAUUCCUCUUAUGGGUGAUUUACCGUCCUUCAGAGUAAAUCAAGUAAAAUGUUUUACCAAAAGUGGUGUGGAUUUUGGAGGGCCAUACUUAAUCACUAUGGGCAAGCAUCGUGGCAGCAAAACUUGUAAGGCUUAUAUUUGCCUUUUUGUCUGCUUGUGCACAAAGGCUCUUCACCUGGAACUGGUUACAGAGCUAUCAAGCGAUGCCUUUCUGGCCGCAUUAAGGCGCUUUGUUUCUCGCCGAGGUCGUGUCACAGACAUGUUUAGCGAUUGUGGGACGAAUUUUGUGGGUGCGUCAAAAGAGUUGAUGCAAAAUAUGCGUAAUGCAUCGAUCCACGAAGGCAUAGUGUGGCAUUUCAACCCCCCUUCAGCCCCAAAUUUUGGUGGAAUUUGGGAAGCUGGAAUUAAGGCCGUAAAGGGCCAUCUACAUCGCGUAGUUGGUUCGCACAUCCUCACCUAUGAGGAGUUUAAUACUGUCUUGACCUCAAUAGAGGCAAUCCUAAAUUCUCGUCCUCUCUGUUCAUUAAGUAGCGACCCUAAUGACUUAAACCCUCUGACCCCAAGUCAUUUUUUGAAUUUGGAACCUUUAAAUACCUUCGUUAAAUCCGACCUAACAGAGAUUAAAUUGGGUCGUCUUUCGCGCUGGCAACUUAUUCAACGUAUCCACCAGGAUUUUUGGAAGAGGUGGCAUAAUGAAUAUUUACACACCCUUAAUCAGAGGUCGAAGUGGUAUGAUACAGGUAAAGCCAUUGAAAUUGAUUCGUUGGUAUUAUUAAAGGAGGAUAAUGCUCCACCCCUUUCGUGGUUGUUGGGUCGUGUAAUAGAAUGUUUUCCAGGCAGGGAUGGCAUUACGCGUGUUGUAGCGGUAAAGACGCAUAAGGGGAUACUGCGCCGUCCUGUCUCGAAGUUAUGUUCAUUACCGAACAAUUAG